AAAUCUCCGCAACGCAAUUCAAAUACCGCCAGUCGUUCCAUAAUAUUCCACAUUUAUCAAUCCGAUAAAAAUAAUUCAUUUUACAUUACACAUUAAAUGACGCCUCAGUUAUGGUUGCCAAAAUACCCGGGCGUCUAAAGACAAGGCGGCCGACUUGUAAAUGCGAGGUGUGUGGUUGCAGUUUUCACAGUAUUCAAGCUCUGAGAUCGCAUCAAGCUUGCGUACAUCCUAGAUCUUCGAGACGUGUCGCUUAUAAGCCGAAAAUCGAAGUGAUCGCUCGUCGGAAGCUGGUUCCGUUGAAAAAGACGAUGAAACCGGCUAACACGAAUGUGAAACUCCCCAAAACGAUAGAAAAACCUGUAUCUAGUGUUAAAAGUGAUGAUAGCAAGCCUUACAAUACAAGAAGAACGGAGUUCGAAUGCCCCGUAUGUACGAAGAUAUUCAGGGUGUAUUUUUCGGCGUAUAGACAUAUUCAGAAAAAUCAUUGUAUCAACGAUGACGGGGAAUCAGUUGCCGCAAACUCCCCAGACCUCAUCCAGCCAACCCGCAUUGAACUCUGCAUGUCUUGUAAUAUGCGGGUUGCCACAAACCUUCCUCACACUUGCAACACAGAGAGCACUACCACAAACUACACGUGCCUUGGAUGCGAGAAGACGUUCUCAUCACUGCAUACGUUUCAAACGCACAUACAAGACCAGCAUAGUGACGAGACAGAGAAAUAUAUGUUCCCUGAUAUGGCUACCUACACAGCCUGGAAGGAAGACAUGGAAUCUCAAACAAAAAUAAAAUAUGUGGAACUGAGCAAACAAGACAGUAAUAGAUUCUACCAUUGUGAGCACAUGACGAAAGAUGAAAAAACAACUCACUACUGCCCAUCCAGUUUGAGCAUGCAAGAAAUAUCUAAAGAGGUCCGAGUGUCGUUCUACGAAGAGCAUUUCGGCCACGACUUAGGCCUAUACAAAAUACCAGAGAUGUACAAAAAGUAUUUAAUCUCUUUGGACGAUUCUGAAAUAGAAGCGGACACUAAAUCCAAAGACACUGCAGAUGUAUACGAUGAGUUUAAACAGGUAAUGAAUAAUAUUAUUGUUUCAUCAAAAAGGAUUGAUGUUAAUGACCUAAGAACGUUACUAAGUAAAGCCUUAGAGAUGUCAUCGAUACUUAAAAAGUAUGAGGAACAUGUCCCCGACGUAAACAAGUCUAUUACCGAUGAUGAAAUAUCCAAACUCCUUGAUAAGCCGCUAAGAAAAAGAAAGAUAGAUGUAGAAGACAGUAUUGCUAAAAGGUUAAGAAAAGAUAAAGAUGCAGUCAGUCAAAAACCUGAGCCUGACCAGAAAAAAGAAGAAAAACCACAGGUUAAAGAACUUAAGACUUACACAAAUCCGAAGAACUUGUUAUUACCUAAAGAGGAAGACAAGAAAGAGGUUCAAUCUCCGUCGUCGUUCAACGAAUCGUAUAAGAACUUUGUUGACGCAAGCUAUAAGAUUAUGGACAAACCAAAACCGAAGCCUAAAGUUGAUAUGAAGAAGAAAGAAAUCGUUAAAACUAAAGUGGGCCAGUUCAAACCGCUUUCUCCGAAGGAAACCAAAGUGGUUCACGUGAAACCUAAUAUAUUGAAUAGGGAGAAAUCAGUGCAUAAUGAAUCGCCUAAGACGAACAAAUCUGUACAAUUUGAGGUGUCUCCUAAAGAGAAACCAAAAGAGACUAAAACGGUUCAAGUAAAGCCGAAUAUUAUACAAAAAGACUCAAAAAUGCAAAUCAAAGUAAAAGAUUAUAUAAGUGAUUGGAACUUUACCAAAAUCAAACCGGAUUUCGAUUACGAAGUUAAAGAACAAGAGAAUGAUUGCAACAUAUUAAUUAUAAAGAUUUAAUGUUGGCUCUAAAUGCCAAAGGUUUGACUCAAGAUUAUGGUGAGGAACUUGGAACUUUGUGUCAUUAUAGGCACUUGCGCCCUUAAUGCUUAUGUGAAAGAACUUUACAUAAAUUUAAUAGAUUAUCGAAUUAAAUGGCUUAUUAUACACAUUUUUGUGUAAUUGAUACUGGGAACUUUCAAUAGAUAUUACAUGAACUGUGAA